AUGAAUGGGAAGCAGCAAACAAAAGUCAAGUCUUUAUCACUUACUUCAAAAAAAAAAUUAUCAAGCUCUUUUACCUUACCAGCAAAUAUUUCUAAAUCGAAUAUGUUAAAUAAAACAAACUCUGUAUCUGAGUUAAUUACAUCAAAUAAAACAAGCUUUGGAGCCAAAUACAAAUUUUGUCUAACUGAAUGGGGAAGAGGUGAGCCGGCAAGACCUGAAGCACAUCUUGCACUAGAGUGUUCUAAAGUAGAAAAUCAUGUCCGGCAAAUCUAUUUGCUUUGUGUAGCUCAUCAUGAUGGUAUUACAGAAAAAACACAAGCUGAAAUUUUAUUAGCUAAUACUAAAAAACAAAGCAAUAAACAGUCUAGUAUUUCAAAUUAUUUUUCACAAAAAUUAGAUAGUUUAUCAGAAGGGCAUGAAGAUAGUGAAAGAGAUAUAGAUUUUGAUCCAGAAGUAGAUAGUGAAAAUUUGCCUAUUGCACUUAGAAAGCAAGUUGUAAUAGAAGCUAGAAUAUAA